AUGAAUUUAAUUAAAUCCAUUUUAAUUUUUAUUCUUGCUUGCCUCAACGUCUCUGCAGUAAUUGCAGUAAAAGUUCCAUUUGACGUUUAUCCUCCAAAUGAUGGUACUAAAAGUUAUUAUGUUAAAGGAAAAAAUGGAGUAAAAAUUUUUGUAGAUGAAAAAGGAGAUCCAACGAAAACAACAAUUCUCUUUUCAAAUGCAUUUCUCCAUUCAAGAACAACUUGGGAUCCACAAUGGUUUGACCCCGAAUUAAAUAAAAAAUUUCAUCUCGUAAGGUAUGAUUAUCGUGGUUUUGGUAGGAGCGAUAAACCCGAUAACGAGAAUUCAUAUUCAUACGAUAUAAAUGGCGAAGACCUUUCCGCUGUGAUUAGGAAAAUUUCUUCUAAAAAGAAAAAGAAAAUUGUAUUGGUUGGAUGGUCAUUGGGUAUACCUAUAACUUUAACUUUUAUGAAAAAUCAUCCUGAUAUGAAAAUUGAUGGCUUUAUAGCAGUUUGUGGUCCCGUUAAUGAUACAAUAAUAAACUUAGAUGAUCCUCCUCUUAGUAAUAUAAUUAAAACAAGUUAUGAUAAGGUUUUUCUUGGAAUAGAUGAGUUUAUGAAAUUAUUUCCUUUUAAACCAUUUAGCGAUGAAUUACAUGCAUAUUUAUUGGGUAAUGCCUUUACGUCAACUUCCGGAUAUCGUAAAACAGUUACUAAACCAUUCAAUUUAGAUGAAUUUUAUAGUUCUUUAACUAUACCUACUUUACAUAUCAUUGGAGAAAAGGAUGCAUUGCUUAUUAUGGAACAUAGCCUUUAUUUUGCUUCUUUGAAAAAAAAUAGUAAAACUAUUAUAUAUAAGAAUAUUGGUCAUAGUCCUUCAUGGGAAAAUACUAAAGAAUUUAACAAAGAUAUGAUGGAAUAUGUUAGUAACAUUUAA